AUGAAGAAUGGCCAGAUCGAAGGUACCAUUCUGAAGACCACCUCCGAGAAGGAGAAGAUUAAACUCCCACUUGUUGUGACUUUUCUGGAUUCUGGUAGUACGAGAAUACAGGUUGAUGAGGAGAAGAGGCAGAAGGGUGACAUUGAGCUUCGACAUGGCAGCAAAGUUCGUAAAGAGAGAUACAAUGAGGCUGCAGGUUGGAGUUUGACAGGAGCUGGUCUCCAGCCUCAAAAGCUGAGCAAGUUUGACAAAGGAGACAAGUCUACGACGGUGACCUGGGGCUCCUCCAACCAAUUCUCAGUUAUCAUCACAUAUGCUCCUUUCGGCAUCGAGCUCUUCGCCAACGACAAGAAGCAGGUAGUACUGAAUGAGAGAGGAUUCUUUAACUUCGAGCACUGGAGGCCGAAGGUUGAGAAGCCUGUGACUGAGGAGGGCAAGGAUGAGGACAAGAAAGUCGAGCCUUUAGUACCACAGGAAGACGAGAGCACCUGGUGGGAAGAAACCUUUGGCGGAAACACCGACACAAAACCAAGAGGGCCUGAAAGUUUCUCGCACGUUUACGGCCUUCCUGAACAUGCUGGACCACUAUCCCUCAAGCAGACCAGGGGCAGAGAGAGUAACUACGACCAGCCAUAUCGAUUUUUCAAUGCUGAUGUGUUUGAGUACGAAUUGGAUAAUCCAAUGACAUUGUACGGAGCAAUACCUUUUAUGCAGGCUCACAACAAGGACUUUACAGUGGGCGUGUUUUGGCUUAAUGCUGCCGAGACAUGGGUCGAUAUUGUGAAGACUCAGCAAGGUACGACGAUGGGUCUAGGAGGUCAUACUGAUACUCAAACACAUUGGUUCUCUGAAUCUGGCGUAAUGGACAUCUUCGUCAUGCUCACACAAUCACCCAAAGAACUGUCUAAGAAGUACGCUGAACUCACAGGCUAUACUGCCAUGCCACAGAUGUUCGCAAUAGCAUAUCACCAGUGCCGCUGGAACUACGUCAGCGAUGAGGAUGUCAAGGACGUCGAUCGUAAGUUCGACAAACAUAAUAUUCCUUACGACGUUAUCUGGCUCGACCUCGAAUACACAGACGACAAGCAGUACUUUGUGUGGGAUCAAGACAAUUUUCCGGACCCUAUUGGUAUGGAGAAGCAGCUCGAUGAACAUGAACGCAAGCUAGUGAUCAUUAUUGACCCUCACAUCAAGAACAAAGCUGGAUACCAAAUAGUUGAAGAGCUCAAGUCUAAGGACUUGGCGGUGAAGAACAAGGACGGCAACUUCUUCGAGGGAUGGUGCUGGCCAGGAUCUUCUCACUGGAUAGACUGCUUCAAUCCUGCUGCUAGAGAAUGGUGGAAGAGUUUGUUCCCAUACAACAAAAUGAAAGGAGUUCAGUCGAAUGUAUGGAUCUGGAACGAUAUGAAUGAGCCGUCGGUCUUCAAUGGCCCAGAAGUCUCAAUGCCACGCGAUAAUGUUCAUUACGGUAACUGGGAACACCGCGAUGUUCACAACCUCAAUGGAAUGACCUUUCACAACGCGACACAUCACGCACUCGUUUCCAGAGCAAAGGGCGAGAGUGUGCGACCAUUCGUGCUCACACGAUCUUUCUUCGCUGGUUCGCAGCGACUUGGAGCUAUGUGGACAGGCGACAACCAAGCAAGCUGGCCUCAUUUGGCUGCUAGUAUACCGAUGGUGUUGAACCAAGGUGUUGCAGGGUUUCCAUUCGCAGGUGCUGACGUUGGUGGCUUCUUCGGUAAUCCUUCAAAAGAACUUCAAACAAGAUGGUAUCAGGCUGGAGCUUUUUAUCCCUUUUUCCGCGCUCAUGCACACAUUGACACGCGCCGCCGUGAGCCAUAUCUGCUUGGUGAGCCAUAUACCGAGAUCAUGGCUCAGGCUGUGAGACUACGUUACUCUCUACUACCAUCUUGGUAUACAGCAUUUCGCGAAGCUGCAACCGAGGGCGUCCCGAUUGUUCGAGCUCAGUACUACGUUCAUCCUCAUGACGAGGCUGGUUUCGAUAUUGACGAUCAAUUCUACAUUGGAUCAACAGGACUGCUCGUCAAGCCUGUUGUGACUGAGGGCGGUGAAUCUGUCGACAUCUACUUGGCUGACGACGAGACAUAUUUCGACUAUAGCACAUACAAAACUUAUUCUGGAGCUGGGAAACGUCACUCUGUGACUGCUCCACUUGACAAGAUCCCACUGCUCAUGCAAGGUGGGAAUAUUUUUGCAAGAAAAGAUCGGGCAAGACGCUCGAGCGGAUUGAUGAAAUUCGACCCGUACACGUUGGUCGUUGUGCUUGGCCGUGAUGGUCGAGCAGACGGUGAGCUCUACAUUGAUGAUGGUGAGACAUAUGAUUUUGAGCAUGGUGGCUAUAUCCAUCGGAAUUUCACGUUUGGUGAUGGCAGCUUGAAGUCGCAGGAUGUCUCUUCAAGCGUCAGCACAAAAGACACCAAGAAGAAGGCGGCAUAUUUGAAGACGAUGGAUAAUGUGCUGGUCGAGCGUAUAAUCAUUGUUAAUGCCCCAAAGAGCCUGGAAGGCAAGUCGGAGGUAAAAGUAACAGGUCAAAGUUCGAAAUCUGGCGGAACUGCUAGCAUGUCGUAUCAUGUCGCCAAGGACGGUAACGCUGCAUGGGCUGUAAUCAGGAAUCCGGCAGUGAAAAUUGGUGCUGACUGGAGUAUUGACCUCGGGGUGAACACAGAUGCCAAGGGCGAGUUGUGA